AUGCAGUUUCCUCCCCUCACGGUCAUCGUUACAUGGCCGCCGGCGAACUAUGAUGACCCCGUUACAAGAGGACACGCUCUGUUCGUAUUGAUGAUCUUCUUCUCCGUGUUGGUCGUCAUCUCGUGUGCCGGCAGAUUCUACUCUCGCAUCUACAUCAAGCACUGGUUCGGCUGGGAUGACGGCUUCAUCAUCAUUGCUCUGACCAUUGCCAUGAAUGCCGUCGUCAUCCUCGCGAAUCAGAGAUAUGGCUGGGAUCGACAUAUCUGGGACGUGAAGCCGAGUGUAUACCAAAAUGCCGGCAUCGUCGCCUUCACUGCAAAGCUGCUCUUCGUUGGGGCAUCAUCGUUCACACGCAUAUCACUGAUAUGCUUCUACUACCGACUGGUCAAAGACAGUGGCAUCAGUUGGUUCAACAAGAUCCUGCAUGCGAGCAUGUUCUUCGUAGUCGGCCUUGGAAUUGCCUUCACUUGCAUCGGCAUCUGGCUCUGUAUUCCGGUCCAGGCAUACUGGCGGUUUCCACCCAAAUGGCCCUACAAGUGCUUGGAUGAAGGCACUACGACUCUGAUCAUCGGGAUAUUCAACUGCAUAGCGGACCUCCUAUGCACGUUAUUGCCAAUACCUCUAGUCUGGCGACUGAAGAUGCCGCUCAAGCACCGCGUUGGUGUGUGCAUCCUCCUUGGUCUUGGCUUCAUAGUCACCAUUGCAGGCGUGCUCCGGACAUACUUCAUAUGGCAGUCCCUUAUCAGCAGCUGGGAUGUGACAUGGUACUCGUAUCCGCUUUGGAUAUGCGCCACUAUCGAGAUUGAUCUCGCGGUCAUCUGCGCCUGUGCACCAUCCUGGAAACCCAUUCUACACCAACCAGUCGUCCUCUGUGCAACCAAACUAUCUUCGAAAUUCUCCAGGUCUGGAAGCCUACAACCCACCCCCGUCGCCUCCGGAUCUCGAACAUCGAAACCCACAUUUUCCUCGUCCGGCACCUCAAGAUCGAUCAGAUCCUCCCUCUUCAAACUCCACUUCCUUCGAAACGGCGUCCUACCUUCGGCACAUGACACGCAAUGGAGUAACCACGAACGGGACGAAGAAUAUGGGAUGCUACAUCUCCAUAGCAGCCGAGGUGAGAAGAAUAAUUGCGACGUCACGAUCACUAGUACAAGUCGCGACGAAAAUCUGCCGAGUUGGCCUGCACGAGUCGCUACGGAGCAAGGCACAGGAGAAGCACGGCGGCCAGCAUUGGAGAUAAUGAAGCAAAGAACUGUAGAUCAAGAGGUGGAAUAUAUUAGUCGGGCAGGGAGUUCGAAUGGCUCGAGACACUCGCCUACGGAAUCGGCAUCGAGAACGAACGAAUUUGACAGAUAAUUGGAGAUUCCGGAUUUCUCUCGUACAAUGAAGAGUUCAGCAAGGCAUGGCGUACAACAGAAGCUGAACAUUUUCGGGCAUUUCGGUGGAUUUGGAAUGAUUAUACAUGCGGAGUGGGAUUUGAUUUUCGGUUUUUGGUUUAUGGUUGAGAUACCCGGUCAUCAGAGCUGAGGGAAAGCACAAGGAGAAAGUAUGCAAUGUUAUUGAUGAGAUGUUUUUAUGAAGGUUUUAUAAAUGUAUCAUUAGAAAGCGCGCGAGAGCAGAGCGAAAUGUUUAUGCACUACGAAUAUGCGAAGAGAGGAACAGAGAGCAAAUGUGAAGA